UUGCGCGAAGAGAUUCGCAAUUUGUCGACAGAUGUGAACAAAAUCAUUGAUUUUGUGAUGACUGGCGCCGAUCGGGGCGUCACUUACGACGAGUUGGCCCUAUUUAUUGACAAGUUUGGGCCGAGACAUCUCGGAACUGCUAAUCUCGAGAAUUCUAUUGAUUAUAUGCUCGACCGCUUGACUAGAGAGGGUCACGAUAUUGUGGGCAGUGAAAAGUUGGUUGUUCCUAUUUGGCAAAGAGGCAAAGAAUGGGCACAAAUGGUUAGCCCGCGUGCGAAGAAGCUAAACAUAAUGGGUUUGGGAUACAGUGUGGGCACAAAUGGCCGCGUAUUGAGCGGUGAUGUGGUUGUCGUCAAAUCAUUUGACGAUUUGCACAAACGAUCGCAUGAAGUGAAGGGAAAGUUUGUUGUUUUCAACUACGCCUACGAGACCUACAGUACGUCUGUUAGUUAUAGAAUUAACGGCGCGUCUGAAGCGGCCAAAUAUGGGGCCAUCGCUGCACUCAUUCGUUCGGUUACUGAUUUUUCAAUAGACUCGCCGCAUACGGGAGCACAGGAAUAUAAAUACAAAAAUGUGCCAAAUAUACCGGCCGUCAGUAUAACCGUUGAGGACGCGGAAUUUUUUAGCCGACUUUGUGCCCGAGGAGAGACAGUUCGCGUGAGUUUGUAUAUGGAGGCCCGUAUGGAUGGCACUGGUGUGUCCAGAAAUACUAUCAGCGAGAUUACUGGCUCUCACUAUGCGGAUGAGAUGGUGAUAGUGUCGGGUCAUUUGGACUCGUGGGACGUGGGCUCGGGAGCCAUGGAUGACGGCGGCGGUUGUUUUGCCUCUUGGAGGGCGCUGUCGGUGCUUAAAAAACUGGGUUUACGACCAAAACGUACGAUUCGGUCAAUACUCUGGACGGGCGAAGAGAUGGGUCUAUUGGGUGCGAAGGCUUACGUUAACGAGCACAAACACGAACUGCACAAGAUCAGUUUGGCCAUGGAGUCAGAUGAGGGCACUUUCUCGCCGCACGGGUUGACCUAUUCGGGCUCCAAUCCGAUUGGGAAGUGUAUAAUGAGCGAGAUAUUAAAGAUGUUGGCGCCGCUAAACGCCACUAAUCUGUAUCCCGAGACCAAAGGGCCCGACAUCGGUGAACUGAUGCAGAAGGGCGUACCCGGCAGUCACAUCCAGACCCAUAACGAACACUACUUUUACUUUCAUCACACAAAUGGUGAUACGAUGACAGUCGAGGACACGGAUGAGUUGGACAGAAACACGGCAGUGAUCGCCGCCACAGCAUAUGCCGUCGCAUCAAUUGAUGUGAUGCUUCCCCGAUAGGGCCUGACGUUAGGCUACCGGUGCUCUCUGUUAUCAAUUGCUUUACAAUAGACUUAUGGCCGC